AUGAACGUGAUCCAGAUUCGUUGGAAAGCCUGCGGGGCUGUUGCUUUAAUGUACUUGGGGAUGGUUCUAGUGUUCCUUAUUUUGGAUCACAUGGGAAUCCAACCCAUAGAGCCAGCCCAACCCAAGUUAUCCGAAGAAAGUCCAAGAAACCCCCUAAGAAGGACCUCUCAGAACCCCAACUGGUUCUCAAGAGAUAUGAUAGCUAAUCCGGAGACAAGACCCCGUUACAAAUACAGCCAUGGUAGGCAAGGUGUCAAGUACGUGAUUGGAGUCCCAACUGUGGCUAGACCCAGGCGGCACUAUGUGCUCAAGAUGGUGAAAGGUCUGAUCCAAAACAUGUCUUCCAAGCAGCAGAAUGAUAGCCUCAUUGUGAUCUUUGUGGGUGAGACCAACCUAACCUUUGUCGAGGCCCUGGUGGGUUUACUGGAGUACAGUCAUCCACUACAUAUGCAGGCGGGUCUCGUAGAUGUGAUUGCCCCGCCUGUGGAGUACUAUCCGGACUUCUUAAGCCUCAAGAUCACGUUGCAGGAUGACCCGGAAAGGUCGCACUGGAGGGCCAAGCAGAAUCUGGACUACAUGUUCCUGAUGUCCUAUGCGCGCCGGAAGGGAGCCUUCUACCUGCAGCUGGAAGACGACGUGGUGGCCAAUGACGGAUUUCUGGAAUACAUCCAGAGGUUUGCCGCCUUGCACAGCCACUUCCAGCUCGCCAAUCAGCCCGACUGGAUUGUGAUGAGCUUCUGCGACCUGGGAUUCAUCGGAAAACUAUUUCCCGCCGCGGGGGUUAGGUCCUUUGUGUCCUAUGUCCAGUUGUUCUACAACGACCAGCCCAUCGACUGGCUGCUGCACAGCUUCGUGGCCCUUCAGAGCUGCCGUUGGGAGAGUAUUUCCGGUCCGAAAUGCCAGGAGGAGCUCGAGCUGAGAUUCAUCCGAUCCUCGCAGUCCCAGUUCCAGCACAUGGGCCAGGUGUCCUCGCUGCCGCAGAAGGUUCAGAAACGAAAGGACAAGUGCUUCAAUCGGGAUAUUGGAAAGCAACGAAUGCCCCACCUGCGGCAGCCCUUCAACCUGGUCUCCUCGCACCGGAAAAGACUUCUCCGCCAGCACAAGGACUUGGAACCUGGCGAAACCUUUAUCUGGAUGUACUUGCCCCAGAGGUCAAAGAUGUUGCACCAACUGAUGCAGGAGAAGUACAGUGGACAUCAGAUUCGUAUCCGGAAUGGCAAAGAUAGUGACAGGACUCUGCCGGAGUUGGAAGUGGAGGUGGUGGAGGGGAUUCCCAUCCUAAAGAAGAAUAGUUCGGACACCAAGGGAUGUGGUUUUCUUCUCAGUUACUCCAUGUCGGAUAAGCCAGGGUCCUUCAGCUAUAUGCUUUACUACAUUAGAGAGGAAUACGAGGGACUUACUUGGUUCCGAAACUUCUUUUGGGACUCGGGAAGAUCGGCUAUAUAG